CAUGAUCCCACUCCAGAAAAAACAAUCAGCAACAAUAAUCAAGAUAUUUACGCGCCAAAACGAAACGAGAACUUCAAGGGCAAUCUCGUCCACUAAAUAAGCUAACGAGGUCCUCUCGCAUUUUGUGGCUACCAUCAGACGCCUCUUCUUCACUCCCACUGUACAGACCAUUUUCCACCGUCUUAUUAUCACUGCAGUAGUGUGGCUUCUCUACUCUUCGGUUCAUGGCCGGCACGUGCAACUCCCUCUCGCCUCACGUGAUCGGAAACACUGUUAUCGAACUAUCUCGAAAUGGCAGGACUGGAGCUGCGUUUUCGGUUCGGAUAUCCACGAAGAGCCAUGGAGUCACCACGGCCUCCACCGCUACGUGUAACAAGAAGGAAGGUCCGUCGUGCAUAUACGUCGGACCUAUCGAGACCGCCAGUAAAGAAACUCUAGAAGCUCUCUAUCGACAAGCACGCGAUGCAUAUUACAGCGGAGAACCUUUGAUAGUUGACGACAUGUUUGAUAGAGUGGAGUUAAAGUUGCGGUGGUAUGGCUCAAAAUCUGUUGUAAAGUAUCCUCGUUGUAGUAUCCGGCGACAGUCAACAUAUGCAGAUGCGGAGGAAGAUCUAUCACAGGUUCUUGCAUUAGCGAGCAUAUGGAUCCUCAUAUUUGGUAUUGGCAGUUCUAUAUGUUUUGUGCCCAUGAUCUACACUGUAGCUCUAGCAUAUCAGGAUGCAUUCAGUAAGGGAAUAUCCUAUGGCAGUCAAGCAUCUGUGUCAGGGUUUCUCGCAAUGGCAAAUGUUAUUCUUUUCAUGGCAGUGGGUGCAUUAAUUGGCUAUCCAGUUGCCUCAGCCUCUGUUAGAGUGCUUCAGGGCCUGUGGUGGAAUGACUUGGUGGCAUUGAAAGGGGCAUGCCCAAAUUGCGGAGAAGAGGUAUUUGCAUUUGUGACAUCAGAUCAAACCAAAACCUCCCCCCAUAGAGCAGACUGUCAUGUAUGUGAGUCCUUACUAGAAUUCCGUACGAAGGUUGAGCAAUCAGGUUCAAGACUAGGAAGACAGUGGGUUUGUGGUCGCAUAUAUCUUCUAUCAAGGAGAAACAGACGCCAAAGAUAUUUGUAAGAUGUCUUAGCAAUUUCCGUAUCACCAUGUAUAGAAGCAUGAUUCUUUCCUGCCUUUUUUUCUGGGCAGUUUGUGAUCAUAUGAAGUUAUUAAGGGAUGGGGGUAUAAUCGACAGAACAGUGAUCUAUUGAACAUAUUUUAUUGUAGAAUUAACUCAAUUUUAAGAUGCAAGUUAAAACUGUAAAAGUUGGGUUCCCUUGAAAAAUAAAGUUAUUAGUUAACGUCGA